CUGUCACUAUGCAUUCGUACAUUCUGGGUUUAGAUGUGGGCACCACAUCGAUUAAAGCAGUUUUAUUAGAAAGCGAUUCAAAGAGUGUCGCUGCAAGCCAGAGUUUGGCAACUGCUUCUGACAUAGCCGAUACAAACGGGAUAAAGGCCAAGGAGCAGGAUACCGCGCGUAUUCUGGACACUCUCAACCGGUGCGUCGGGCUGCUAUCCAAGGACAAGCUGCAACAUGUGUGCAGCAUCGGGGUAUCUGGACAGAUGCACGGGGUUUUGUUUUGGAAUGCAAAGAGCGGUUGCGAUUGGUCCAGAGGGGACCUCAGUCAGUUGAUCACCUGGCAAGAUGGCCGCUGCAGCAAUAGUUUCCUGUCCUCCCUUCCAAAACCAAACUCACACCUCAGCGUGGCCACAGGCUUCGGGUGUGCGACCAUUUUUUGGUACAUGAAACACAGGCCCGAGUUCCUAAAGGACUUCACUGUCGCCGGCACCAUUCAGGACUAUGUGGUAUCCAUGCUGUGUGGGUUAGACCGAUGUCUCAUGACACCUCAGAAUGCAGCCAGCUGGGGUUUCUACAACACAUCCGCCGGACAGUGGAACGUGGACAUUCUCAAUGGCGCCGGCUUCCCUUUGCACCUGCUUCCUCAGUGUGUCCCCUCUGGUGAGCUGGCGGGUCACACGCGCUCUGACUGGCAUGGCAUUCCCGCUGGCACGCCAGUAGGGGCCGCCCUAGGAGACUUCCAGUGCGCCGUGUACUCCUGUUUGAGUGCACAGACAGAUGCAGUUCUUAACAUAAGCACCUCAGCCCAACUGACCUUCGCCAUGCCAGCUGACUUCAAACCUCCCGACUCACCACAGCCCGAAUCCUCUAUUGCCUUCUUCCCGUACUUCGGCUCGUCAUACUUGGCGGUGGCGGCGUCACUCAACGGCGGCAAUGUGCUGGCCACGUUUGUAGAAAUGUUGACUGGCUGGAUGAAAGAACUUGGCGUGGAGCUGAGCGAGCAAUCUUUAUAUGAAAAGAUGAUCGGUUGUGCUCUGGAGCAAGAAAGCAGCGACCUCACAGUGAGUCCGACCAUUCUGGGAGAGAGGCACGACCCUUUCGCUCUGGCUAAAGUGACCAACAUCUCCGCCUGUAAUCUCUCUCUCGGUCAUGUGACCAGAGCGCUGUGCCGCGGGAUCCUGGAGAACCUGGCCUCCAUGAUGCCCCCUGAGCGCCUGCGGCAGGCGGGCAUCAAGAGUAUAGUUGGUAGCGGGAGCGCCCUUGCGCGGAAUGAGGUGCUCAGACAGGAAGUGGAGAGAGUGUUUUCUCAAUCGGUCGUAUAUGGACAGAAUGCUGACUCUGCUGUUGGCGUUGCUUUAGUCCUCUGCGAUCGACUCGGAUCGACCGAUGGCGCUUCUCCUGUGGUGAAAUGACAAAUUUGAGCCGCUUCUUGAAGAUGACAAAGGAACAGUUCAAUGAACGAAGUGCCUGCCUUACAGAUUUUGCUGGCAAUUGUCUUAUUCUGCUUUUUUUAAAUAAAUAGCUUGGGUUAUAUUUUAUGGAUUAAAGGACAAAAGCAACUAUGGUAUAUGCCACUGAGAAAUUAAUUCGUUCUCGAGCAUUGCACAUUUGAAUGGCACCUUGUUUCUCAUCACUUUAUGUAUAUUGAUUGCUUGUACUGUAUAUUGAUUAUGGCAUUUGACAGAUAAUCAAUGAAAAAUGCAUUAAAAAGCGAUA